AUGGACCGUACUUCGAGAUUUCAGAACCCUCUGCCACUGACCAGCGGUGGCCUAGCCAAGCCUCCCCCUAUUCCGGGAGAUGGUGUCGGGAUGAAGCCGCUGCCGCCCCUAAUCCUCGAUCGAUUCCGAGCCAUGGUGAAGGAGAGAGAGGAAAAACUUAGGGUUUAUAAUGGUGGGGUCGUUUUGCCCUUGAGCACGGAUGAAAUUGUGCGAAUUUAUGAGAUUGUUUUGUCUGAGCUCACAGUUAAUUCGAAGCCUAUCAUCACUGAUCUCACCAUAAUAGCUGGAGAGCAGAGGGCGCAUGGCGAAGGUAUCGCCGAUGCUAUUUGUGCUCGGAUUAUUGAGGUUCCAGUUGAUCAAAAACUGCCUUCUCUGUAUCUUUUGGACAGUAUUGUGAAGAACAUAGGCAAGGAAUACAGUAAAUACUUUGCUUCCCGGCUACCUGAGGUUUUCGCUGAGGCCUAUGUACAAGUCCAUCCCAGUAUGCACCAGGCAAUGCGCCACUUAUUUGGUACAUGGUCUACAGUGUUCCCAUUGUCAGUACUUCAAAAGAUUGAAGCACAGUUGCAGUUGUCCCCUUCUGUAAAUGGUCUACCUUCCGUCUCGAGUUCUUUAAAGGCUUCUGGAUCUCCUCGACCGCCUCAUGGGAUACAUAUAAACCCAAAAUAUUUUGAAUCCCAAACUCAGUAUGGACGUUCAACCGCAGAUACUUUUGGAACUGAAGGAGUGAGCUCAACUGGUCGUGCAGACCUUACGACUUCCAGUCUUCAUGCUGUAAAAAAGUCCAUGCCACCUAACACCAGACUCGUGAAAUCCUCUUCUCCUUUCAGAAUUGCGCGUGCCGGGUCGUUAUCGCCUUCAGUUGAAGACUUCAAUGCGGAUAAUUCCCCAAAAAGAAAUUCCGUUCGGGCCUCACCGUCCCACCCCGGGACCGAAUAUGGGCCAUACAAUGGGAUUCCACGAGAUGAGGAGACAAGCCAGUUGCGAAAGGGAGACUGGCAGCCGGUCAACCCCAGCCAAAAGCUCAGAACAUCCACCGCAUAUAACUACAGCAGUGGUCUUGACCUGCGUGGGCCUCGUGCUUUGAUCAGUGCAUAUGGUAUGGACGAGAGAGAGAGAAAGCCGAACCGUAACCAUGAUAAGCCCGAGCAGCUGGACAUGAAUGGUGCAGAGUACAGUGAUUCCUUAAGGCCGUGGCAAAAUACUGAAGAGGAAGAGUUUAACUGGGAAGAUGUUGCCCCAGCUUUAGCCGAUCGAAGGCAAUCUAAUAAUGCUUAUUCAUCUCUAGAGUCUUCUGGGAAUUUGUCAACAAGACAUGGGUUUAUGGCAAACCAUGCUGCUCGUUUGGACGGCCAUGACAAGGUUGCUGGAGUUCUGCAACAUGUUGCCAUCCCUAAUGAUAUGGCAAGUCAGAGUACCCCUAAUUUUACUCGGGAAUCCUUGAUUUUUCUGGGUCAGGGCCAUUAUAAUGCAAACGAAGUGCGUCCGCUACCAGAAACCAGAAGCUUUUUGACAGCUGGUCUGCAGAAGCCUUUCCCAAAUAUGGAUUUGACGUUUAACCCCACCUACAGCUCAUCUACUCCCGAAGUUCGAGUCACCGAGUCAUCAGCUCUAACAAAACCUUGGAAUCCCUCAACUUCCCAAAAUUCACACAUUAUGCCCUCACACCCCUCUAUUCCCCUGCAUAUGCAAAUCCGAGGUCAAUUUGGCGCACACAAUGCUUUUGCUGAUCAAAGUCGCUCUGAUCAGCUUUUGGGUAACACUGCAAGCACAUCUCAAUUUCCUAAUUUCCGGCCAAUGCCAAUUCCCGUAAAUCUGCAGAACGCUGCACGACCACCUCUAUUACAGCCAAACCCGUCACAGAAUUUAUCAUUGCCUUUAGUACCUAUGCCAUCAAGCACAAUGGCACGGCCUUUUACUCAUAUAUACUUGGCACAGCCACAAGGCCCUUCUAUUGGCAAUACUUCAUCCAAUUUAGUUCAAGGCAUGCAGUCAUCCUUCCCAAUUCCUACUAUGCCUUUUCAUGCACCUAGGGGUCCUUUUCACAACACAAAUCAGUUUUUACCUGUCGGUCAAAAUGUUGGUCAAGUUGCGUCUACACCUACAGGUGGAGGAACUGCGUUUUCAGGUCUAAUUAGCUCGUUAGUGGCCCAAGGUCUGAUAUCGUUGCCGAAGCAGGAAUCCGUUGGGGUGGAUUUCGAUCAGGACGCCCUCAAGGUCCGUCACGAGCCCACGAUAACCUCCCUGUACGGGGAUCUCCCCAGGCAGUGCACCACCUGUGGCCUCCGUUUCCGGACCCAAGACGAGCAUCGCAAGCACAUGGACUGGCACGUUAGCAAGAACCGCACACUAAAGAACCGGAAGGCAAUGCCCUCUCCCAAGUGGUUCGUAAGCGUUUCAUUGUGGCUGAGUGGGGCCGAGGCCCUGGGACCCGAAGCGGGCCCUGGGUUUCAGCCAGCUGAGAAGGUCGUGGAGAAGGUGGAUCAAGAGGAGGUAGCUGUGCCGGCUGAGGAGGAUCAGAACACAUGUGCACUGUGUGGGGAGCCAUUUGAUGAUUUUUACAGCGACGAGACGGAGGAGUGGAUGUACAGAGGGGCCAUCUAUAUGUAUGGGCCUUCCAGUGGGCCUACGGUGGGGAUGGACCGGUCGCAGUUGGGCCCUAUAGUGCACGCGAAGUGCAGGUCCGACUCGCAUGAGCAUUUUUCUGAGGAUGUUAAGGAUGAGGGGGAAUCAACUCAAGAGGGUGGUCAAAGGAAACGUUUGCGUAUUUAG